UCUAGUUAUGUAAUUGAGAGCUCAUUUGGAAUGAAAACCAGCAGACAAAGGGGGUCCCACUGAAGUAGAGCCUGAUACAGAACGGGUUGUCCGUUGAAAACAAGUAGGCCGAGCACUUUCAUGUAAAUAUUUUUUUGUUUUUUUUUAAUUAAUCAUACAUCCAGUAUUGACAGAAGUGCAAGGUCCAGAAAAGUUUAAAUAAUGAUUUGGAAAUCCCAGUUCCCGAAAAUACACCCCCGCCACCCCCUCCCCCCUUAAUACCAACAUAAAAGCAGCCGCCUGUGAGCUUGCGCUACUCGGGUCGAGAGGAGCAGGAAGGGAACAUGAGCAAAUCUGCGGUACUUCUGGUGCUGGUGGCAUUAACUGUGAAUGUCAACGUUGUUAAGUGUCCAGACCCUCCCGAGAUUGAAGAUGGAGAAAUCAUGAACCUGCCUUCAGGAAAUGUCGUCUACUCCACAGCUAUACUGUACAGGUGUAAAAAGGGUGUCUUGAUUGGAAACAAGGAACUUGUCUGCACCGCCCAAGGAAACUACAGCAGCAAGCCUCCUCAAUGUGAAGAUAUUUCUCUGUAAUUGCCGUUCUGGAACCUAGCGAUCUUGAGAUGGAUUGGACCACUGAAGAAAUGACCCGGUGUGGCAAUGUGCCCCGUCCCUGUGUGCAUUUGUGUGUAUGCGUGCGUGUGUAAAUGUUGGUGUAUAGAUUGGUACACAGGAUAUAAACGGGUCUGUGUUUCACGUGUAUUUAAAAAGUGUAGAUUUGUAUUUAGGCACGAGGAGAGCACAAAUCACUUCACGUGCUGGUUAAAUGUAAUAUGUGAGCACGGGGUUGCACAGAAUUAAUUCACGUGCUGGGAUUCAAGUGAAUAAUUAAUUAGUAAUUGAAUCCCAGCACAAUAGUAUAUAUAGACGCACAUUUCUUGCACUCAGGGUGGGUGUUCGGGAGUGGAGAACGGGUGAGAGAGAAGGAGAGUUAAAAUCGUAAUCAUAAAUAUAGUAAGUGUUUUGUUUGUACUCACCGUGUUCGUCUGUCUGUCCUGCACCGUCUGUUUAGUGUUUAGUCGUUUUGUAUGUCUGUUUAUUUUGGCUAUAGUGCCGUGUCCUGUUUUUGUGCUGUUUUCAACCCUUUUAUUUGUUAAUAAACGCUGAGUGCAGCCAUUGCACUCAGCUCAUCAUCA